UCUCAAGCGGGGCGCGACCACGAAGCAUCCGUGUCGCACCCUAGUGCAGAGGCCAUGGCAGCGCCACGACCCUUUGGGGUGGCGCUAGUUCUCCUUGUGCUGGCCCAGGCUUGGUACCAAGUGACGGUCUUCGUGGGCAGCUCACUGGGUUCACCCCAUGCAUCUCUGCUCAGAAGGCCUUCUGCCUCGCCAGUGACACGCUUUGCAGAGGGAGAAGAGGGCGAAGGUGAAGAGGGCGAGGAGGUGGUCGUGAAGAAGGUGGCCUCACCCUUCCGUGGCGUGGAUUUGGACGGUGACAAGUUGGACAAUUUGGACGAAUGGUACGCCGACACGAUUAGUGGAAGUGGCGGCCCGCCAACAGGGUUCAUGAAGGACCUCAUUCUUAGGAGCUUCUUUGGAACGUGGCGUGAGAACGGAUGGUUCAAAAUGUCACGGAAGUACACUGGCCACAAGGGUCAGCCUUGCGAGAAUGACCACAUGACUGCCUAUGAGACCUUCAAGCAGAACCUGAAGGAGAACAAGCGUUGGAUCGGCCAGGAUGAUGGCAAGGGCUGGUUCUGGCUUGUGGCAGGGCAGAAUCCAGGAGGCCUUUAUCUCUACGUCAUGAAAUCACCUCCCUUUGGGGAGCGCCCAUUGGCUCUCAUCAAAGAGAGCAACGUGGACGAGUUCUUCGAGAAGGUCAAUUGGCACAUGCUUUUCGUUCGACUUCACAAGUGGAACCUUUGGGGUGGCAAGAUGGAUUGCUUGCAGGCAACUGAAUUCCCCUACCCGAUGAUGUGGCGGCUGAGAAACUGAGGUACGUCGUUGGAUCUGCGAGAACUCGCAAAAAA